UAUAUAGGCCAGCAGUUAGGAGUUGUUGAUAGAUUGAGAAAAAGGAAGAAAAAAUGGCUGUUGCAAUGGUAAGAGCCUUGGUUUUCCAGCCGUGGUCUUCCUCUUCUUUGUGCUUCACAUCUAAGAACAUAAACAAGUCCUCAUCAGUUGUGGUGGACACUUUUUGGUCUUCUAAAUCAGUAAGCACUAGCAGUCGAUGUUAUACACGAGCUGUGGUUCGUGCCCAGCAGCGACCCACAUGGCUUCCUGGGCUCGACAGUCCUCCAUAUCUUGAUGGAACUUUGGCUGGAGACUAUGGGUUUGACCCACUUGGGCUUGGAGAGGACCCAGAAAGCCUGAAGUGGUAUGUGCAGGCAGAGCUGGUUCAUGCUCGCUUUGCCAUGCUUGGAAUUGCUGGAAUUCUUUUCACAGAUUUACUCCGUGUGACGGGAAUUCGGAAAUUGCCAGUUUGGUAUGAAGCUGGUGCAGUAAAAUAUGAAUUUGCAAGCACAAGAACUUUGCUGGUUGUUCAACUCCUUUGGAUGGGAUAUGCUGAGACAAGAAGGUACAUGGAUUAUGUUAGCCCUGGAUCUCAGAACAAAGAAGGAUCCUUCUUUGGAAUGGAAGCUGCACUAGAAGGCCUGGAGCCUGGCUACCCUGGUGGUCCUUUACUAAACCCAUUUGGCUUAGCGAAAGAUAUAAGAAGUGCUCGUGACUGGAAGCUGAAAGAGAUUAAAAAUGGACGGUUGGCAAUGGUAGCAAUGCUGGGCAUUUUUGUGCAAGCUGCUGUGACUCAUACUGGUCCCAUUGAUAAUCUCUUGGAGCACCUUUCUGACCCAUGGCAUAAAACCAUCAUCCAGACCUUGUCUCACUCUACUUCUUAAUCAUGAAUUUGAAGUAAAUUGCAGCUAAUCUCAACUGUAAGACGGUGAAAUAUAAAAGCUAUUACGAAUCCACUUGAUUUCUUCCUUUGA